CCUGUUUUGUGUUUUCUGAUUUCGUCUGUCCGACAACCACUCUCCUGCCUUCCACUGCUCGUCGUUUGCUCUUUCCGAGUCCAUAGUCUUUUUCUGUUCCCUGGAUUUGCUUCCGCGCUCGAGGCCGCGUUUAGGCAGUCUCUCGGGUGUUCGAACGACACACAGUUUCUUCCAGUUCGUGCUGCUCCACUUCCGCUUCCCCAGUUUCCGUUUCCCUUGCACCGGUCUCUCGAGUUUCGUUUCAAAACUGCGCGUUUUGCGAGGCACCACGCCACCUUUCCUUGGGUGCAGACGCCCGGCUCUGUUCGCGGGUUGCAACUUCUCUCGUGGACUAGGCCGGCGUUCACACUCCGGCGCUUGUACAUACAGUGUCUGUGUGAUUCUAGAAAUCUACCGAAAUUCGUCGCUUUCUGCCGAAGUCGCUAGAUAAAUUCCCCGCGCUCUUCUCGAGACGGACUCCCGCGCCGUUCUGUAGCACGAGUCACGGCUGGCGUCGCCAACGACUUCACCGGUUCUCCUGCGCAAAAAAAUUUGUGUUCCGAGGCGUGCGCCUGCUAGUUUGAAUUCCAUUUCCCCGAUUUUUUGCUGCCCGAGAAAACGCGGGCAAACAGGCUGAGCGUAGCGUACAGGGGCAGGCGAGAGGCUGUCCUCUGGCUGUGAGGUGAAAACAGCUUCUUGAAACACGGAAGCAAAUCUUUUCUCCAUGUCUCCACAGCAAAGAAACCUGGAAGAAGUCUCUCCGUCUGCCCCGCCGCUACCCCUUGAGUACCGUGUUUGCUCGCUUUCUGUUUUUUGUCUGCCUCCGUCUGCAACAGCCACAGAGCGCUCGCGCGCGUUCGUUACUCCCCAGAACGUGUCUUUUUAACAUCGUUGCAGGCGAGCAGCUGCUUGCGUGCUCGUUCGUUUAUUGUCUUCAGUCUGCCCAGCUGGUACCUUGAGGCUUGGUGUCUGCGGCCUCCUCCUUUGUCUCGUUUUUCGUCUGCGUUCCCUGCUGUUUCCAAUUUCCUACGUCUGCUGUUCAACCGUCGUCUUGCUCUCCCCGUCUUCGUCUGUAGCGCCUUAGUCUUCCUUCAAUUUUUUUCGUAGGGUCACUAGGUCUCGAGGCCGAUUGCUCUUGUGCGUGGCCAGUGCUCGUGUUCUUGUCGCAGGUUUUUUCGUCGCGAAUUCGCUUUCUCGGCUGCGGGCUUUUUCUCGCGCGGCUUCUUCAUUUCAGUCUUUCGCGUGGUUCGACUACUGCUGGUUCCGCCUUCCUCCUCGAAACUUGUCUCGCUCUCCCCGCUCUUCCGCCCCCUGCCUUUCCGAUUAUGCGCGUUCCUCGGCUCGUGUGAGUCUGCGCGCAGGGUCGGGGCAGAGCGAGCAGCGCCGUGCAGCUUGGCUUCCACUGGUCGCGCGAGCCCACGCGCGGCUUCUCCUUUCUCGUGGCCUCUUUCCUCGCCUCGCCAAUGUCUGCAAAUCCCUGUCCGCUUCCGGCUCCGUCGGUCCUUUUUGGACGCCACAGCAGGUUUAGCUCCGCGCUUCGCUUCGACAGGAGCAGCGUGAACGGGGCCUCGAGCCUGGUGGCAGACGGCAGCCGCAGCCGGGGCGCUGGUACUCAGCAACAUGUGUCAAUGCAUGUGAGUCUCCAGCGCAAGAACCUGCGCGACGCCGACAUUCGAGAGUUCGUCCAGUGGCUCGCGGCCUCGCUGCAGCAACAGCUACGGCAGUUCCCGCCCGUGGGUCGCAGCGCGCCGCUGCUGCCAGGAGGCGUGGGCGCCGGCGCGGGCCCGAGUGUUUCCGCGUCUGCCCCGGCUGUCUCCGGGGCGAAGCCCGCGAGCGGCGCUGCCAAGAGCGAGCCCGCGGAGAGCGAGGGCGAGUGGCCUGGCGCUGGGGAGGCGCCUACCGGGGAGGCGCUCUCUCCCUUUUUGUUCACUUGCUGUCUGGACGUGUCUGAGAACCUGAUCACUGCCGAAGGCUUGUCUCACCUCCUCGGAUUCUUCCAAGCUCACCCUGGUUCGUUUCGUCUCGCGAAACUGAAACUCUACAAGAACCGUCUGGGCGACGCGGGCGCGCGGGUCCUCGCCGCCUUCAUACAGCCGUCGCUUCUCCCCACCACCUCGAGCUCGUCGUCGCUGCGCAGGAGUGGCGCGCGGGCGGGGAAGCCCUCCCCGUCUCCACCUCCAGCUCUGGAGGAGCUUCAUUUGUCUCACUGCGACAUCACGGCGAAGGGGUGUCUCAGUCUCCUGGACGCUGUCGCUGCGGUCGUCGACGACAAGGGUCGCUACCUCUAUCCGCGCUACGACCAAGUGCGCCGUUGUCUCGUCCCCCUCUGGCUCCGACUCGAGUACAACCACAUAAACGACCCGCUCGGCCUACUGAAGCAGUGGUCGGCGAACCUCAAAGACAAGCGACCCCUGCCCUCUACGGGCGCCGGGGCCAGCGCGUCGGCAGGUGGCGCCCCUCUCUCUUUCGCAUGUUUCGCUGAAAAACUUCCUCUCUCUUCUUCUGGGGGCCGGGCCGCCAGUGCCCUCGGCACCAGCGCCGAUGGCUCUGCGUACUUCCACUGCACGCCCGCGCGCUGCUGUCGCGCGACUUCCACCUUCGCCCCCAUCUUUCAUGUGUACAUGGUGACUCACCAAAGCAGUGGCGUGGCUCCGACGCCCAGCUCCCCCUCAGCUACGGCUUCGCUCGGCGCCUCGGGCGCGAGCGGUUUCUCAGAGACACCUGGGACCCGGAGACAGGGUGCAGGCUCCACCGCCCCCGCCGCACUUCCAGCUCUCAUCGGCGCUCACCCGAGUUCGGCGGGCCUCACCUCGAGACCAGGAGAUGCUCAGACGAACUCUGGGAGGAGACGGUCCUUCGGCGCCGGCGGGGCCCCUGCCUCGAACAGUGCGAACACCGGAGGCUCGGGGGGAUCCCAGCAGACGAGCCGUCGCGGGAGCAGCGGCGGGAAGAAACAGAGUCAGUCCCAGACUCGGGGGCGAGCUCGCAGUAGCAGUGGGGGCACGGAACCUAGGCCUGGAGUCUCAGGGGCCGGUGCCGGGGCGAAAGGCCCCGGAGACAGCGGAGAGGUCAGGGCGGCGGGGGAGGGAGCGGCGCGGUCACAGCGCCCAGGGGCCUGGGGUUUGAAGGGUGGAGACGACGCGACCAGAGAGAACGCGGAGGUUGGAGGACAAGAGGUGCGAGCGCCGUCGAGUGGCGGGACGAAAAAGGAGGUAGACGCAGAGCGAGAGCGGCGCAGCGGAGAGAAGGCCGGCUCCCGCGAUCGCCGAGAACCGCUGGGCGCGGCCCAGACCGAGAGAAACGGAGGGCGAGUGGAGUCGGGGGCGGUUUAUGGGGACAAGAAGGUUGGGGCGGCCCCCGCAACGGGACGCCUCGCCCCGUCGUCUGGAGUCGAGAUCGACAAGGCGGAGGUGGGUCGUUGCCUGCCGCUGUACAUCUUUCUGGAUGCGUCUGCAGUGCUUCAGAUGGCAGAUCGGAGGGAGAACGGUCUGGAUUCGAGUUCCCUCUUUCUCUCCUUCCAGUCACUGAAGACGCUCUGCAACGAGCAACUUAUUGUGCACCGCGGACGCAGCGUCUCUUCGGGGUCCGGCCAAGCGGCGCGCGCAGAUGCGUGUUUCGCUGAGGCUCCCGAGAGCGACUUGACGCUGCUCCUGGUGGUUGACGCCGUGCAGCAGGAGCUCUUGGGGCUGUCGCGAGGGAGUUUCCUGGGCUCCUCUGAAAGCCUCUCGCUCGGCCAGCCGGGUUGCGGCGGGCGCCGAGGCAUUGACGCCUUGGAGCAGCUCCACACCCUCGCGACCGACUUCUGUCUGGUGGAGUAUGUGGGUUGCGUGCAGCGACCGCAGCCGGGUCCAGCGGCGUGGGCGAGGCCCAAGGACCCGAGCCGGACUGUCGGCGGACACGGGGCCGAGGGGGGCCGGGGCCUUGACCGCGGAGACAAAGGUCGACAGGCCAGCAGCCGCCGGGGCGGCAGCGAGCGGGAAAGCGAGAGUGUGGAUUUCUUGUUGGAGGAAGACGACCGGGAAGAAGGCAACGAUUUUGCCUGUCUGACGCCUGAAGAGGUCGCUGCGGGCCAACGCGACGCGAACCUCUCUGUGCACACUCUCAGAACUAUUGAUUACGCCCUACUCUGGAAAGCUCACCUCGAAGAGGUGUCUCUGCAUGCAGAUCCGGACCGCGAUACCGCCGAUCUCAUGUUCUUCAUCACUGCAAACCCCGCCGUCGACACCUUCAUUCGGCAGAUUGCGCCGCCGACUGUGGAGACGCGGGCGCAGGGCGGCGUGGGUGGCGCCUCACGCGCGUUCCUGCCUUGCGUGUUGCUGCAAGAGUUUAGUCUUGCGGUCGAGCGGCACAUCGAAACUCGAAACUACUCGGUGAAGCGACCGGGCCACGAAGACGCAAACUGGAGGCCGCCGCCGCUGACUGCGGCGGACUUCCGCAUAGCUGGUGCGUCGAGUCUGCGAAGAGGGCAAGGCCGACGCAUCGGCUAUCUUCCGGCUUCCGGCUCCUCUCGUGUGGGGCCCGAGGCCUUCUUCGGCUCCCCGGCGCAGGGGGCCAAUGACACGUUUGCUGGCUUCCCGUCGCUCUCGGAUCGUGCACGAGAGCGGAGAAACAGCAGUGUCGGAAGACAGGGCGAUCUGGUGUCGGAAAACGCUGGACUCCGAGUGUCUCCUGGAGGCAAAGAGAGACAGGCGGGGUCUCAGACGCCGCGACACGGCGGCUUCUCGUCGCUCGACGCCUCUGCUGGCCUCGGGCUCCUCCACGAACGAGACGGGGAGGCGUACCCCACGUUUCUUCCGCCGCUCAUCGGUACGGGCUUCACCAACGAGGCCUUUCUGCGAGAGAGCAGCGGCAGCAGAGACCAGCUGGUCUCAGACUCGGUGUUUGGGAGCCCCGGAUCGGGGCCCGCCUACCUCCCGAGCGACCCUCUCCGACCGCGAGGCAACUCCUCGCUGACGAACCCUCCGUCGCUGGCGGCGCUGCUCUGCAACAGCAGCGGGACGCGGAGUGGGUCCGUGUCGGGGGGUGCUCUGGGCGAGUCGGGGCCUGCCGACCCGGAGGGCCCUUUGGGGCCGGGCCUCGGAGGCCCUCGCCACGGUCUCUGCAACAAAGGCAUGACAGUCGCAGAACUGGAGGAAAUGCAGCUCAAGAUGCGGCGACAGCAAGCUGAGGCUGAAGCCGCCAGCUUGGAGCGCUUCGUGGGGCCGGGCCCCCGCGGGCUCGGCCGAGUUGAAGACGAGAACGGCCGCACGGGACGGGGCGCCGAUGCCAGCGAGAGGUCUCCGUUCUUGCUCGCUUCUGGAAGCUCCGAUGACAACGCGGGCCUCUUCGGCGUCGCGCCGCAUACGCUGGGCCCGCAUGCGGGGUCAAGCCCUGAGGCGAGGCGCGGGCCCUUCGACGCGGGCGAAGCCGCCUCCUCGCUGGCGGCGAUGUUGCCCUUGCUUCAACGAAACUCGAGACUGGGAGACAGGCCACUCGGCGAGGACGGAGACCCAGCAGAAGAAGACUUCGUGCUCAGGUGCGCCAGCAGCAGAGAGAAACUCCAGGCCCAUGGCGCCGGCUCCCACUCAGAUCUCCAGGCCAGAGACGCCGGGCGCGUGUCCGACGGUCCGGGCCUCUCGGAAGUCGAAAUCAAAUGCGAACUGAUCGACGCUAUUGCGAUCGUGCAGGAGCUGUCGAGUCGCGUGCGUCUCUUGUGUGAGAGUAGCGGGAACCAGGGAAGAAGCGCCCAUGGUGGUGGUCCGGGAAGCACGCCCGGCGAUGCUCUGAUGAAGGAAGAUCUGCUGCGUCGCGCUCAGGACUGUGUGACGCGGUGGCGUCAACUCCUCCUCGUCGCGAACAAGCGCCAAGAACUGCAGGAACAGAGUGAGCAGCCCCAAGCGCAUGCAGGCUUGGGAGGCGCGGGGGCGGGGCCCAGCGCAGGGCGUGGCGAACGGUCGGUGUCGGACGGGAGCCAGCAAGGCUUGGCAACUGAGGCGGGCGUCUCUAGACCUGGAGGUGGACCCGCUGUGGUUCUUCCGCCCCUGCAAAUGCAGCCGCACCCCAGGCCCCGUGGCGCACCCCCGUCGCUGCCACCGCCGCGGUGCUGGGUAACUCCCGGCAACGGAGAUCCUCCCAGCCUCACUCCGCCUCUUCAUCACCCGUGGAGACCUCAGCCGGACCUUUCGGGCCCCCUCUUCAGUCAACAAUCUGUACAUGCUUGGGGCAGUGAGGGCUCGGACGUACGCAGUGGAGGCGCGGCAGGCCGAGGGCCACCAGCUGGACAGGAAGACCCCCGGGGUAUGUUGGGGCUCCAUCCCUCGCUUCAGCCGUGGCGCCCGGCUGACAGAGACUGUGGAGACAACCGAGGCCCUGACGACGACGGGCAGCUUCCCCCAGGGCCUGCCUCAGUUCCCCGGGCUCUGCUGCCCCAGCGUCCUGUGCAGAGUCUUCAGGCUAUCUUGCCACCUGGAGUCGUCGUCGGUGCAGGCCCCAACACGCAGGCUCCUACGGGCUGUCCCCAGGUUCAGGGGGGUUCCAGGGGUUUGUGAACUGGGCAGAACGAGGGGAAUAUUUGCAUAUGGAAGAGAGAGGAAGUGUGGAUACGAAUGAGAGAAGAAAUAUGGAGAAGAAUGGAAGAAGUAUAGAGAAGAUCAAGGAAGUAUGGAGAAUACGUGCAGAGAGGAUGCUGUCAACAGAGAUAUGGAUUUUUUGCAUCCGAGGUGACUUUGGUGGCGAGGAAGCAGACAGUGUAGAGGCGAGCUUGAAGAGGGAUGACAAGGCUUCUCGUCGAUUCCGCAACUUGAGGAACACGAACUGCAAGUGCGUGCUAAAAUUCAGCUGGAAUCGUGGAGCUCUACAAAAGUUCUUGGCCUCUGUCCGCUGCUCGGUUGGCCUCUGUUGCUUCCUCUUUUAUGUCAAACCUGCAAGCAGCGAUAGAAGGCGACUAGCUCAGGGGGUCGACCUGGGCUGUGGCCGCAGACCACAAACGCUGAGGGGGAUGCCGCACCUGAUGCACGCAAGAAGGCAUCUUGACCGUCGUUUUCCAGAAGGACGGUUAAAUCAGAUGUGUUUGCAUAGGAGGAGGACGAACAACUGUUUCAAGCGAGAAUGCGAAGGCCAAGAAACUGCUUUGAAAGGAUGGAACAGAGGAAGGAGCAAGGGAGGCGGAAGUUCGUGUGACAGGCACUGUCAAAUGAAGAUGUUUCUGCAGAAUUGCCUAAGGCAGCGGUUUGUGGCGGGGACAGUGUGGAAGAAUGCGGGGUUUGGGGAUUCAAACAAAUGAGAGACUCUGGGAGAAGGCAUGAAGAAGAGCAUGUGUAAAAAGAAUGUUUCAGACUGCAUUUCCUCGUGCCUUUGAAAGAACGAAAAAGAGCAGGACGGAAUAAUUGUAUGCACUCAUGCCGCGAA